CGUAUGGGAGAUGUGGUUUAUAAACCUAAUAAAGUUGUUGUUCAAUCUUUGAGCUAUCUUUGUUUUCCUAUCUUUCUCUGCAGAUCACUGUUCAUAAAAUCGUCUUGUUCUUUUUUUGAUUUGGUUAUCAGCGUGCAUGGACUUUGAGGACUGGGAUUUGCAGGCUGUGGUAAAAAGUUGCUGUUGUUCUGAACCUGUGCUUACUACUGCUACGACGACAGUCAUGAGAGAUCCUUUCUCUUCAUUUCCAAUAUCAUCAGUUCUCAAGGAGUACUGUCCAAAGGAAGAUGAAGAUCUUCUCACUAGUUUCCCUGAUCUUUUGGCUACCAAAACAGCUCUUCAUGAGCUUGAAGAGCUCUGCAAACCCUUCUUUCUCAAACCCCAACGACCACCCCAAAAACAGCUGCAGCAAGAGAAGAAGAGAACCCCUUCAUCCUCCUCAUCACUCCCUGUUGCACCAAAACAACCCUCACGUUCCAAGAGAAGCAGGAAGAGCCAGGUGAAGAAAGUGGUAUGCCAUGUCCCAGCUGGAGACAACUCCUCUGACUUAUGGGCUUGGCGUAAGUACGGCCAGAAACCCAUCAAAGGCUCUCCAUAUCCUCGAGGUUACUAUAGAUGCAGUAGCUCCAAAGGAUGUCUAGCAAGAAAACAAGUAGAGAGAAGUCAGACAGACCCAAGCACGUUGAUCAUCACCUACACAGCUGAGCACAACCACCCAGUCCCCACUCAUCGGAACUCCCUCGCCGGCACCACACGCAACAAGUUCCCCAUUCCACCGUCCACGGCCACACAACGUGCCAGUACUAGUACUCCAACUUUGUCCCCCACCACUCCUCUCAAAGCCACAGUUUUGGAAGGAAAUGAGGAAGACAUGAUCUCCAUGGUUGAUGAGGAUGUGCUUUUCAUGGACUUUGAAGGAUUAAACACUACCGUGUCAGACUCCACGUCCGGGUUCUUUGAUGGGGUUGAUGGAUUGCCAGAUUUUUUCAUGACUCCUUCUUGGAUGAGUUCCAACAACGCCGCUGCUGCAGCUGGUGGCGGAUGACAUAUAUCUCAGGGUGUUUGUCUGCCUGCUUGCAUGCAUGUCUCAACUUUGAAGUUUCUUUUUGUCCAUGUUUCAUACCAUGUGUAAUUUUAGCAAAUAAAUAUACUGUUUUUCUGUUCAUUUGUGAAGAAUAUUGGGAGCUUUUCUUGUAAACUAAUUAAAGCAUCUUUUAUAACUUA